ACCCUGUGUUGUACCUGUGUCUUUACGUAAUUUUAAUUUUACGUAAAGUAAAAGAAAGUCAUUAGCAUCAGACAUCUUUCAGAACUGUCUAUUUCCACAGGACAAGUUCUUGAGACGAAGUUUUUCAGACUAGUCUUCAAGGAACAGCAUAUUAUCGGACGUCCUGGUUUCUUCGCACAACUUUUUUCUCUACGAUGAUUGGUUGGUUAGCGGCGGUCACGUGCACACAUGACGAACAGGGCAACGGAACGGGUGGUCGCCAUUCGACCCUCCAGGGUGCUGUACACCCAACAGUCGGUAGAGGGCGUUUUCCACAACGGCUCCAAGUUGUCUGAACUCUUCCGACAGAUUCUGUACGACGAGGUGGACAUCAAGCGAGUUCCGCUUAUCGAGGUGGUGAGAAUCAACAGAAAAAUGUGGUGCUUGGACGGUAACAAAAGACUUCGCGUGUUCCAGGAGUUAGAACACUGCGGCCUCUGCGAGAGAGUCAGAAUGAGAUACCUCACCAGUAAGGUGUUAGACAGGACAGAUGAAAAACAGCUCACCGCCGCUGGGGGGCGCUCCGUGCACGUCCAGGACGCCGACUUCGACAACCGCAUCAAGAUGAUCACCUCCGAGUGGAGGAAGAUGAUCAAACGGAGUCGCUCGGACCUAGAGAGCGGGGACUCUCACGAAACCUUUCAGGAGGAGAAUUUUCAGGCAGUUUGCUUCAAGUACGUGAUGACGAUAUCGUCACUCUGCUUACUACUACUGUUUCUGUAUCACUUGUCUUUGCUUAUUGACCAAUUUUAGUAAA